AUGUCGGUGCGGCAGGGGAGGUCGGAGCCGGCGGACGAUAGCGAGUCGGAUGUCUUUGAAAUUGUUCUCCCAAUCACUGUCUUUGUGCUGAGCGACGAUGAUUUUCUCCAAGAUGAUGCUGAGGAGCAAGCAGCGUCGGUUCCGGAGUUGAAGAAGGAAGAUGAGCAGGAGGUUAACUUAAACAAUAGCGUUUUCCUAAAAAGUAAUGUGGCGCCUUCAAAUGACAGUAACAGUUUAAGCAUUUGGGAAGAAAACAAGAGAGGUUCAAAUAAGGAUAACAGUAUGAAAUACUAUGAAGAAAAAUGGGUUGCUGAGAGUGUGUGUAACGGAUCAAAGUCAUCUUUAAGUGAUUGGUGUGAUGCGGGCAGGGAUAAAUGUAGUCAAAAUUACGUGUUGCCUACAUCGCCUUGCAAAACAGGACUUGCAGAGAUAAAUGAAACCACUGACGGAAAAGAAUGUGAUGGUGAUGAUGGCUUUCAGACAAUUCCUCCUCUCCUCUGCUCUGCUGGUAAUGAGGGUGGAGAUGAGACCAUCAAGACAAGCAGACAGUUGACAUUGGCAGCGAUAUCCAAACAUGAAGAGGAACUUGUCAGUGUUGCAAGUAUUCUUUCUGAUGGCAGUCAAGAGGAACAACCAGAAAUCCAUGAGGAGAUGGACACAAUUGUUGAAAUGGAAGAUCCUGAUUCUUCAAAGAAUGGAGACAAUGAAGCUAAUAACAGACAAAGAAAGAGAAGCAAAUUUGAAGAUGAAACUCUGAAUUCUCUUUUGGAACAUGGCUUGAAAGAACAACUAAAAUUUACCUAUAAUUGUUCUGCUCCGUUUCUUAAUGGAUAUUCUCCUACUUCAGAAGAAUUGCUAAAAGACGUAGGGAAACCGGACAUGAAUGCUUCCACUUCUGCUGAAUCAAAUACUACUGCGGAGCAUAUUUAUAAGACAUUAACGCCAUUUCCUAAAAAAAGAUAUCGGCAACAAAAAGUUGUUUCUCCUCAUGCAAGCCCAAAGGAAUUACAAAGCCAGCAGGAAGGUUUAGCAUGGCUAAGUAAUAGUGUGACCAUCAAACCUCUUUCUAAAGCAUCUUGUUCUAUAAAUAAGCAUGAAGAAUUGAAUUUGAAGUGCAGGUUUUGUAGUUCUGUGUAUAAAUGCAGUGCACAUCUAAAGAAACAUGUUUAUUCAGCUCAUAAAGAUAAGAAAAUACAUAAAUGCUGCUUUUGUAGAAGAACCUUUUUCUUGUCUGUCAACCUUAAGAAUCACCUUAAAUUUCAUAAGAAAAUGACUAGGUUGCAAAAGGCAAGAAAAAAUAGAAUAAAUGCGAGAAAAGUUAGGCAGAGAAGAUCUGAAGAAAGAAAAUCUGAGACCAAGAAAAAAGAAAGUAAAUAUGAGAAAUUUUUCAUCAAAAUUGAAAGGGAUUUUACACCUCUGGGUGUGCCAGUUAGUUUUUCCUGCAAAAUUUGUUUCUUUGCUUCAUCAAAUCCUAGGAUUUUUAUUCAUCACAUGAAGGGACAUAAAGAGAGACCACCUUACCAGUGUCCUCAAUGUGAUUACUCCUGCGUUAACUUAUCCUAUCUCUUAAAUCACAUGUACUGGCAUGCUGGGUAUAAGCUGUACCAGUGCAGGUUUUGCACCUUUUUUUCGUUAUAUUUUGCAAGCAUGGUAAGGCAUAGCUACAUACACACAGGGGCUAAACCAUAUUCCUGUGAGUUCUGCCAGUCAGCGUUCACAAGCACCACUGGGUUAAAGAGACACAGAAGAUUACAUGCAGGCAAAGAAACAUGUCAAGGGCAGCAGCUCGACCUCAUAAGUGGAAGAAAGAGAACUCGAAGACCUUUAAAGAAUUAUACGUGUGAUGAGUGUAACGUAGUGUUUUACACUAGAGGACAUCUCAGCUUUCAUAAGAAGUUUCAUGAACAGUUUAAGGCUACUGCUAAUGGUUAUACGAAUCGGAGUAAUGAAUAUCAUGAAAGCAAAAUAUGCAAAGUUGACAGUGAUUCCCAGGGCCAUGGUUCUCUGUCUCUUUCUGGUAAAGAAAAUGAUUGUCUCAGUGGGGGAAUGCUGGCUUCGGAAGUAGACUUUGAGCGGGCAGGUGAUGUGCUGGACAAUAAGAAAAUGUGCUCUGGAAAGAAAUUCCCUGAAAACAGCCAUGGAAGCAACAGCUUACCUGUUAUUGGGAAUAGAUCAGAAGUUCUUCUGAAUUCAUACAAAACGGACACUGUCAUUUGCAAAGAGGAACCUCUCUUCAACUCCAAGGCCUCUCAUUCACAAGUUCAAGAUGAUGAUGCGUAUCAUACAUUUGUGGAAAACUUAACGGAUACAUGGCCUUCCAAUUUGUCUACAUUCAAAAUGUACAAGUGCCAACACUGCAAUUACGCUACCGCUGUUCAUAGCGACUUUAAGCUGCACCUAAAAGUACAUACAGAUGAAAGGCCAUUUGUGUGUAAAGAAUGCAGUAAGACAUUUAAAACGUCAAACCAUUUGCAGAAACACAGCCUUACUCACGUAAAGAAUGGGUAUGAGUUUGGCCGUUGCCUCUACGUAGAUAGCCGUUUAGAGAAUCUUGAAUUGCAUCAUGAAAUGCACGUAGGCAUGUGUCCAGAAAGAGAUUUUGGUUCCUCGGAAGGUUCAAACAGCGUCCGUUCCUUGCUUGGUUCGGAAGUCUGUGGGGUACAGCCAGAUGGACAGAGGGGUAAAGAAAAUGAUUUGCUAGCACAAAGUCAGCCACGAUUUUAUCAAUGUGCAGAGUGUGAGUACGCUACUUAUAUUUUAAGUAACCUUGAACUACACAUAAGGACUCACACAGGUGAGAAACCUUACAGCUGCAGUGUUUGUCAGAAGAAGUUUCGUACUUCCAGUCACCUGAAAAGACACAGAGUCACGCAUUUUAAUAUGGAGCAUCUCAAGUGCAGGAACUGUGACUAUUCAACAAACAAAUGGCUGUCCUUGAAACAGCAUCUGGCUUCACACUCCUGUGAGGAAAGGUCAUCUACUGGCUGUCUCUACGAACAAACGCAGCUACCUGUCAAAACAUACACGUGUGAAGAGUGUGGCUAUUCCACAGCCCACAAUGGAAACUUGAAGCCACACUUGAGAAUUCAUACAGGGGAGAAGCCGUUCAAGUGUGGUCAGUGCGCUGUUGCUUUCCGCACCUCUAGCCACCUGAAACGCCACUUACUGACUCAUUUAAAGCUGCACUGCAGAAGGUGUAAAUUUUCUACGGUAGAUAAACGUGCUUUCCAAAAGCAUGUGAAAACACACAAAAAAAAGUACAAGUGUGGAAAGUGUAACGUGACGCUGCCUACCAAAAAACUUCUGGAAAAGCAUAAGCGGCAACAUAAGCUUGGAAUGUAAGCUUGGGAAUUGCAAGUUGGCAUUUGGUUCUGGAGAGGUUUGCGUGUCCUGAAUUUGUUCAUUGCUUUACAUUCCCCUGCUGUCUCCAGAACGAUGGCUGGUAAUGGAUGCAUCCAGUGUUUUGGUCCAGAGAGUGAAACUGGUUUGCUCCGGGUUCUUCUGAGAGCUUCAGUUCUGGCACAGGCUGUGCUAAAGAAGAUCUUGGAGGCACUUUUUCAUGCCCGAGUAACUUCUUAAUACCAUGAAGUCAGUUAUGAUUUGGCCAAUGUUCAUCAGUUUAAAGUUAUUCUGUGCCACUUAUUUUCUUGUAAAAAAUUAAUUUUAAAAAAAUCUCUUGUCUAACUGAAAGGAUGUUUAAAGGGAGGGAAGGAAGUGCACAUUAUAUUGUGUACUAAUAACUUCAUUUAAAAAUUGUCAAUGUGUUCGGAUCCUUAAUGCUACCUCCCAUCUGCUGAAAGGUGCGUUCCCUACUCCCAGGUUCUCUUGCAAUACUUGCAAGAGAAAAAAAAUAGUAUCUCACAAAAUUAUGGAAAUAAAAGAUCAUCACUGGAUCAUUGGGAUAUGAAAAUGUUUUCUGUAUGUGUGUAUAUAGAAAAGAUUUAUUAGGCAGUUAUCUUAUCUGUACUUUUGAUAAUUCUUUGAGUAGUCUGACAGAAAUGGUAAUGUUGUCCUUAAUCAGAUAUUUUAUGAUACUGAGAAUCCUUAAAUUAAUCUUCAAUUUUAUGUAAUUGUCUAAUGUUAAUUAGUAUGAAAUGCCUUAUCUUCUCUCAGGCUGGUAGUUACUGUGUUCUUUGUUUCUUAAAAUAGACAAUGUACUUUUCAAAGAACUUCUGUUAAUUUAACCACUUGCUGAUAUAUUGCAAAUACUACUUAGUUACGUUGAAAACCUUAGCAGUAUCUUGAACUGUAAAAUUUAUUUUGUUGAAGAGCUUUAUUGUGCAUCUAAAAUACCGUGUAUAAGGAUCACUUGUGCCAAACAGCCGUUGUUACCUGGUAUGGUGAAGACAGAUGGAUGCUUCUAUUAUAUUAUUCAAAUCUAGACAAAUCUUUGCUUGUUUUACAGAGUUAUAAGGUGCUAGAAAUGCUGUGUGGACAUCACUGACUGUAAUAUGUUCAGCGGUGUUGGUAACAGUGGUGUUACCCUCUUGUGUGAGGAAAGACAACAGCAAAGGGCUGGUGCUAACUCAUGUUACAGUUCAGUCCAUGAAACAGCAGAGUAAACCUAUAGCUUGAUUUAGAGAAUGUAAACAUGAAACUACCACUGCUUUUUUACUGCUUUCAAAAUGUAACCUUUUCUUUAUAAAUAUAGAUAAUAUCUUGCAGAGGCUUUCUGGUAACGUAGGAGACAGGUUGGAAACGGUUGCCGAGAGAGUUGGUGGAGCCUCCCUCUUUGGAGAUAGUCAAAAGCCAUCUGGGCAUGGUCCUGGGCAGCGAGCUCUGGGUGGCCCUGCUUGAGCAGGGGUUUGGACCGGCUGACCUCCAGAAGUCCCGCAGCCAUUCUGUGCUUCGGAAUGCCAUUUUCCAAGAGCGGAUUGAAACUCGUUAAUAGAUGCAUGUAUUUAAGGCUAGAUCAGCAAAGGUAUUCAAGUGAUGUAGUUCUUUGUAGUUGCAGUAAAAUCAGACAAGUAAGUAUCUGUGACUCUGAACCCUGGUGGUUACAGAUGUUUUUACUACAAGCUGGGAAGUCACCAUUUGGGAAUGAGUGGUUUCAGAUCUUAGAAUGAUUGAGCUAACCACCUGCUACAGUUGUGAGAAAGAAGAACGUUAUCCUGAUACGAAUAAAGAAGAGCAUUUCUGGGAAAUAUUAACACUUACAGAAGCAUGGAGAACUUGUUACCUGCAUUACUGUACAAUUCUGGUCAUUUCUUUGGAGAAAAAUUUAAAAGAACAGGUACAAAGAGGAAACAAAAAUGGUGAAGAGAAUUGUAAGCCUAUAUGUCAGAUGAGGCUAGGAAAGCUGAAUCUGUUAGACAAUAAUUGUUUAAAAGUAUGGUGUACAAUGAUGAAGGGAGCCCAGUUUAAGGGGGAUAAAUUCAUUGAAGGGAAUUUUAAAAAGAGUUUGUAAACAACAUAAGUUUCUUUUAGUUGUAAGUAAGAACAACAGAAGACAUUUUCAGAUGGAGCUUGAUGAGUUUGUAAAAAUUAUUCCAAGUGGUUGCCUCUAAUAAAAAUAAAGGAAGUGU